AUGGCACGCCGCGUAGCGGCGCAUCUGGCUCGACGGCUGCCCGUGCAGUUGCGCACGUUUAGCUUGAGCCGUUGUAAAUCCAAUGUAGUGGAAAAGCUUGCAUCGUCCAUGAUGGCGGAACGAGAAAAGCUCCUGGAGAAUAUGCACGCCACCAGCGUCCCAGCCCAGCGUAUCAAAGAUCUGGAGGCCGUGCACAAAGCUUGGACAGCAUGGAGUGAACGAAUGCGGAGCUUGCAAGAAACACAAAAGCUAUUUGAGACAGAGAAAGAUAAGGAUUUGCUCGAGAUGGCUGAAUCAGAACUUGCCAGCGUACGAGAAGAAGCAGAGGCUCGAUACGAGGCCCUCAAACGGCAGAUUCUGACCAACACACGCAGCAUCAAGAGCAAAGGUGCUAUUAUGGAGCUAAAGCAAGGUGUCGGUGGGCAGGAAUCCUGCCUUUUUCUUGGCGAGAUGCUGCGCAUGUACAUGAAAUUCUGCGAGACACGUUCUCAGCGAGCCUUGGAAGAGAACGAUCCAGGCAUGUUGGGAGCAGGAUGGAGCACCGAGCUGUUGGCAGCUACGCCUGCUGAUGUAUCCACAACCAGUGGCUCGGGUGAUGCAUUCAAAGAGGCGAUCUUGCAGGUACAUGGUCCCAACGCAUUUGAAGCGCUGCGCUUUGAAGCUGGUGUGCAUCGUGUGCAGCGCAUUCCUGCUACUCAAAAUCUCGGAAAACUGCAGACCAGUACUAUGGCCAUCAUCGUGUUGCCGAUGCAGGAAGAAAAUGAUGCUAAAGAUAUCAUCGAUCCAAAAGACGUGCGGAUAGAGACUAUGCGCGCCCGUGGCUCUGGUGGUCAGCACGUCAACCGAACCGAAUCUGCAGUACGACUUACGCAUGAACCCUCGGGUAUCACCGUGUCGAUGCAGGAUUCGCGCAGUCAGCAUCAAAACCGCACGAAAGCAUGGGAGGUGCUUCGUGCACGCCUGCUAGACCAGCACUUGCAGAAGGAGGCCAGCGAAAAUCGCGCCAUGCGUCGGUCGCAGGUGGCCAGUGCGGAUCGCAGCGAGCGUGUCCGGACGUACAACUUUCCUCAGGACCGCGUGACAGACCACCGCAUUGGUGUCUCGCUUUCGGACAUUCACGGGUUCAUGGACGGUGAUGAUAGUAGUGGCACAGGUCUCGCGUACCUUAUUGAGGAGCUUAUGGCCAAGGAAGACGACCUGCAUCUGCACGCACUGCUCCAGGCACAAGAGACCAUAUAG